UAUGAUAUAAAUAUAUAUGUGUUAAUCGUGGGUCACUUGUGCCCUAAAGAAAUAUCCAGAAGCUGUAGACAACUCUAGCAAAAGUGUCCACAGAUUAGUAUACACAUGAAGUCCAAUUUUGCUGUUUUCGUAGUCUUCUCUCUUCUCCUGAUUGCCAACUUGAGCUGUGCAAGGAAAGACCUGGGAUGGUAUUGGAAGAAUGUGAUGAAGGAGCAACCUAUGCCACAAGCAAUUAAAGACCUUGUUGAGGAUUCACAAGCAUCAGCUGCAGGGAAGAAGGAUCGUUUUAUCAGGGACUUCGAUGUAAAGCCUAAUGUCAUAUUAUAUCACACCCAUGUUGUGCCCAUGAAGCAGAAGCAUAAGCAUAAGCAGAAUCCUUUUGUCAAGAAUCAAGAUUGAAGUAAAGCACGAUAUGCCAUGGUUGAACAAACUAUAUAUAUCAAAAAGGGUUGUAACCAGUUGAGACCAUGAUGCAUAUUGUCUUGUUUGGGCUAGCGAUUGACGUUUGAGGCUUUAUUAUUUUGCAGGAAAUUAAUUAAGCUGUUAAUUAGUGUUUCAAAACUUGUAUUUUAUUAAAAGCUUGAGCCCUUUAGUUAUAGAUAGAUAUAGCUUUAAUUGUGGUUAUCUAGUUAUCGUUCCUUUUGCUGCAUCUGCUUUUGAUUGGUCUUGAUGAAAUUUAUAACAAUAAUCAUACUGUAUCUUGUUCUUGUCAGGAUUA